GUUGGUGCCGGAGUCGCUCGCUCGCUCGUAACUUGGUCGUGUGCGCGGUGAGGAUGCGGAGCCGCAGUAACUCGGGAGUGAGGCUGGACGGCUACGCCCGGCUGGUCCAAGAGACGAUCCUGUGUCACCAGAACCCCGUGACAGGCCUUCUCCCUGCCAGCGCCCAGAAGAAGGACGCCUGGGUGAGGGAUAAUGUGUACAGCGUCCUGGCCGUGUGGGCGCUCGGCAUGGCGUACCGCAAGAACGCUGACCGCGACGAAGACAAGGCCAAGGCCUACGAGCUGGAGCAGAGUGUGGUGAAACUGAUGCAGGGACUUCUUCAGUGCAUGAUGAGACAGGUGGCCAAGGUGGAGAAGUUCAAACACACCCAGAGUACGACGGACUGCUUGCAUGCCAAGUACCAUACUCCCACCUGUGCCACGGUCGUCGGGGACGACCAGUGGGGCCAUCUCCAGGUGGAUGCCACCUCUAUGUACCUGCUGACGCUUGCGCAGAUGACGGCAUCAGGUCUUUGCAUCAUCUCAAACCUGGACGAAGUGGCUUUUAUCCAAAACCUGGUGUUCUACAUAGAGGCUGCCUACAAGGUGGCGGAUUACGGGAUGUGGGAGCGAGGGGACAAGACCAACCAGGGCAUUCCCGAGCUCAAUGGCAGCUCAGUAGGAAUCGCCAAGGCAGCCCUGGAGGCCAUAGACGAGCUGGAUCUUUUUGGUGCCCACGGGGGGCCGAAGUCAGUCAUCCACGUUUUGCCCGAUGAAGUGGAACAUUGUCAGUCCAUCCUGUGCUCCAUGCUGCCGAGAGCUUCCACGUCGAAGGAGAUGGACGCCGGCCUCCUGUCCGUCAUUUCCUACCCCGCCUUUGCUGUUGAGGAUCCCGACCUGGUGGCCAUAACUAAGUCGGAGAUCAUAAGCAGACUGCAGGGUCGCUAUGGCUGCUGCCGCUUCAUCCGGGAUGGAUAUCUUUGUCCUAAAGAGGACCCUUCUCGGCUGCACUACGAUCCCGCAGAGCUCAAGCUGUUUGAGAACAUCGAGUGCGAGUGGCCCGUGUUCUGGACUUAUCUCAUCCUGGACGGUGUCUUUGCUGGAGAUCAAGUGCAGGUGCAGGAGUACCGUGAGGCCCUGGAAGGCAUCUUGAUCAGAGGGAAGAACGGCAUCAAACUGAUGCCUGAAAUUUAUGCUGUGCCUCAUGACAAGGUGGAGGAGGAGUACAGCAACCCUCACUCGGUGGACAGGGUGGCAAUGGGGCAGCUGCCUCACAUGUGGGGGCAGUCGCUCUACAUCCUGGGCUGCCUACUGGCCGAGGGUUUUUUAGCACCAGGAGAGAUAGAUCCCCUCAACAGGAGAUUCUCUACAAACUUCAAGCCAGAUGUUGUGGUCCAAGUCUGUGUUCUAGCGGAGUCAGAGGGGAUCAAGGAGCUGCUGCGUGAUCACGGGGUCGUGGUCCAGACCAUGUCAGAGGUUCUGCCCAUCAGAGUCAUGCCUGCUCGCAUCCUGAGCCACGUCUAUGUCAAACUGGGGAACUGCAAGAAGCUGAGUUUGAGCGGGAGGCCCUACAGACACAUUGGAGUUCUGGGAACAUCCAAAUUCUACGAGAUCAGAAAUCGCUCUUAUAUAUUCACCCCCCAGUUUCUGGAUCAGCACCAUUUCUACCUGGCACUGGACAACCAGAUGAUCGUGGAGAUGUUACGCACGGAGCUGGCCUACCUCUCCUCUUGCUGGAGGAUGACAGGACGGCCCACUCUAGCUUUCCCCAUCACCCAUAGCAUGCUGGUUGAAGAUGGAGAUGCCAUUGAUCCGUGUAUCCUAGCAACCCUUAGGAAGCUACAGGACGGCUACUUCGCUGGAGCCAGGGUGCAGAUGUCAGACCUCUCCAGUGUCCAGACCACUUCGUUCCACACUCACCUCAGCUUCCUGGACGAAGAAGACGACGACGACGGCUUACUCGAGGAUGAGGAGGAAGAUGACGACUAUGAUCAGGAAUCUACCAUCCGUGGGCCCUCAGAAGGCACAAAAGACAUGUUUGACCAGUACCUCACCCAGCUUCUUCGUAGCACCACCACCAAGUGCCACCUUCCUCCCAUCCAGAGGGGGCAGCACCACGUCUUCAGUGCGGAACACACCACCAGAGACAUCCUGUCUUUCAUGGCCCAGGUCCAGGGCCUGGACGUUCCCAAGUCUUCCAUGUAUCUGCCCGUGACUCAUUACAAGAACAAACACCGCAAAGCCCUCAACCUGCUUGACAUUCCUCCUCCUCCUCCGCACGGCCCCAAUGCGAAGCAGCACAAGUCCCACAGCGCCGCAGAUUUGCACCUGCCUCGAGACCCCCAGGGCAACACGGACUUUGCGGCGUUGGUGAGGCAGCUGAGAGAGUGUCCGACUCUGCAGGACCAGGCGGACAUACUCUACAUCCUUUACGCAAUGAAAGGAGCGGAUUGGCCGGUGGAGUUGGCGGGCCCCGGGCAGGGCGGUGUCACUGUGCGUUCCCUACUGGAGGAGCUGUAUGUUCAAGCCGGAUCCUGCAAUGAGUGGGGACUAAUCCGAUACAUCUCCGGAAUAUUACGAAAGAGAGUGGAGGUCCUCGCUGAGGCCUGCACAGAUCUGAUUUCCCACCACAAGCAGCUGACGGUGGGCUUACCCCCCGAGCCCAGGGAACGAGUCAUCACAGUUCCGCUCCCUCCGCAGGAGCUGAACGCUCUCAUCUAUGAAGCCAGCGGCCACGACAUCAGCAUCGCUGUACUCACGCAGGAAAUCAUGGUCUAUCUAGCCAUGUACGUGCGCUCCCAGCCCGCUCUGUUCGGGGACAUGCUGCGCCUCAGGAUAGGACUCAUCAUGCAAGUGAUGGCCACUGAGCUGGCUCGCAGUCUGCACUGCUCUGGGGAAGAGGCGUCUGAGAGUUUGAUGAGCCUGAGUCCGUUCGGCAUGAAAAACCUGCUGCAUCACAUCCUCAGUGGAAAAGAGUUUGGGGUGGAGAGGAGCAUGCGCCCGUUCCAGUCCACAGCCACGAGUCCUGCCAUCUCCAUCCAUGAACUCGGCCACACUGGAGCCACCAAGACGGAGCGCACAGGGAUACACAAGCUGAAGAGUGAGAUCAAACAGCUGGAUGACUCUCGGCCUCUCAGUAUCUUCAGCGGCGGCCAUUCCUUGGGUAGCAAUGUCACAUCUCCUCGCUCCACGCGCUGCAGCAGCCCCUCCACCCCCAGCGGCAUCCUGUCCCCAGUGGGCCACAGUCUAGGGGAUGGACAGCUGCACUGGGAGGACAGGCAAGGCCAGUGGCUGAGGAGACGCAGGCUGGAUGGAGCCAUCAACAGAGCACCAGUGGGUUUCUACCAGAAGGUCUGGAAGAUCCUGCAAAAGUGUCACGGCCUGUCCAUCGAUGGCUACGUGUUGCCCUCAUCUACCACGAGAGAAAUGACAGAGGGAGAGAUCAAGUUUGCAGUGCAGGUUGAGUCUGUCCUGAACCACGUCCCUCAACCAGAGUACCGGCAGCUGCUGGUGGAGACCGUGAUGGUUCUGGGCCUGUUAGCUGACGUGGACGUGGACAGCAUUGGUGGCAUUAUACACGUGGACCGCAUCCUGCAUCUGGCCAAUGACCUCUUCCUCAGUGACCAGAAAUCCCACAGUGCCAGUGAUUAUUUCCUCGAGAAGGACCCAGCGACCGGGAUCUGCAACUUUUUCUACGACAGUGCCCCCAGUGGCAGCUUCGGCACCAUGACCUACCUGUCCAAGGCGGCGAUCACUUACGUGCAGGACUUUCUGCCGAGCUCCAGCUGUCUGAUGCAAUGAAGACGCAGACUGAGCACGUGAAGAGACGCGUGUCAUCGGAGAGGAGUCAUCCGGCCAAAGGCUGCAAAGCUUUUCAUUGUCAGCUCGUGCCAUUCAUGUGGUUCUUGUGAGUAUUUAUAAACUCUGUAGCUCUCAUAUGUAACAUCCUGGCAUCGGCAGCUGAUUUCAUUUUUCAAAAAUGUAUAUUCUUUUUUAUUUAUUUCUUAAACAUGCAGCUCAAAUGUGUGUUUACAGGAUUUAAAAACAGGCACUAUAUAUGUGAAUUAAAUAUUUGCAAAUUAGCACAUCUCUGUGCUCUGGGUGUAUGUGAGAAAAUAGGUAAACCAUUAAAUGAGUUUAUGGGCAUAAUUCUAUCUCUGGAGUUAUUGCAGUAAUCAUUUCCUGUAGUUUAUUAACGCAAAUAAUUUCCCUCAACUCGUUCAUUUUUAUUUACUGUUUCCCUGUUCCCUUUUUAGUAUUUUAUUUUGUAAUAUAAUAAUUUAUUGUUCUACUGUAAGAGAUGACCUUCAAUAUGUAAGUUAUCACCUUAAAAAAAAAUCUAAUAACUUGUAGCAUUAUAAACCUGUAACAAUAAUCAUUGUUUACCCUCAAUGCCAAGGGGUUUUUGUCCUUGUGUACGGCUCGUCUUCUGUGAAAUCAAUGAAAAUCAAUCCAUCCGUCUGUUGUCUGCAUGUCCGAUGCUACUGAUCUGGAGUCAAAUUUUGCACGUACAUCAACAUAUUGAUGGUUUGUACAUUUGUGGACAGUGUAAGAAAGUAUGUUACUGGUAUGUUGGGUUUGAAGUCUGCUUUAAUACUGCUAGUUCAUGUUUCAUAUAUAUAUUAUAUAUAGUUAUUUAUGUACAUGACAAUAAUGGUAUAGUUCAUAAUGUAUAGGUAGAGUAAUGGUGGUGCAGCCAGAUGUUGAUAAAGUAUAAGAGAGGUCCAGAAUAUGUUGAAUUGGGUUUAUUCGAGGUCUGAGAAGCACAAAGGGGGAAAAAAAGGUUUUCAAUAACUUUCAUCCCAAUGCUUUGAUUUUGAAAGAAAGAGCAGGAAACGGUUAAUGUAUUUUAUUACUAACCCGAAAAUCAUGAACAUUAUGCAUGUUCAUGCAAUAAUUAAAAUAAUUUGACUAA